AAACCCUAAGUUUACAGGGUCUGUGGCCUCGGCCCAACUUCAACUUCAAGAGUCUGCACAUCUCAAUGUCAUUUCUGCUCAUGCAGCUGAUCCGUGGACGCCUUUGGCAGCAUAAUUAUUCAGUCCAGCCACCUUGCGUAAUCCUUGAGCAACUCAAGUCAUCAAAUGUUGUUGUCUUUCGAAGGAUUGGCAGCGCGUGUAUAGGAUAUCCAGGAAGAGUGCAUGCCUUCUGCCCCCGCAAUGCUCGCCUUUUAUUAAUUGAAUUCUCUUCAGUAGCAGCUACACGGUCAUCUCUUGGGGUGCAAAUGGCACCACCUCAGUCUGAUCGGCAAUGGGGUUCUUCGGGGGGUGGAUAUGAGUCCAGAACAAGGACUUUCUUCCGCUCCCUGUCCGCCCCCACGAUGCGUCCAUCCGCAAACUCCUCUCGACCAAGGCGCCAGAGCCAAUCCUCUGAUCUUUCUCUCCUGGGCCUACUUCGGUUGCACUGGCCAGACUGGGCCUUAUGCGUCUCCUUACUACUGCUCAAAGUUGUGCUCUUAGUGGCCCCCACGUUCAUAAGCUAUGUAGAUAAAGACCAUCUGGUAUGGCUGCGGUAUCCAAUCAGGAAGAACACCGUGCCGGGCUGGGCCCUGCAGAUCAUCCAGACGGUCAUUCCAGGCGUUGCUGUCCUCAUCUUCUUCGCUCUUCAGCGGAACAAGAGGGACAUGCACCAUGGCUUGCUAGGUCUUUUCACCGCGGUGGUCUUCACCAACGUAAUCGUCAGCGCCCUCAAGUCCUCUGUGGGGAGGCCGAGGCCUGACUUUGCAGCUAGGUGCUUUCCAGACGGAAAGGAGGACUUUAGUCAAACUGGGGAGGUGCUUUGCACAGGCGCGCGUGCGCUCGUCGAACAGGGCCACGAGAGCUUCCCGAGCGGGCACGCAGCAUAUUCCGCUGUGGGCCUCGGCUACCUGGCCCUCUACCUCGCCGGGAAGUUGAAGCUGUUCGACGAGGAGGGCCACGUGUCCAAGUCCAUCCUGGUCCUCUUCCCCAUGUUGCUCGCCAUCCUAGUUGGCGUCUCGCGCGUCGACGACAACAAGCACCAUUGGCAGGAUGUGCUCGUGGGGCUCGGUAUAGGAUUCAGCCUGGCGUGGUGGAGCUACCAUCAUUACUAUCCGCCUUUGCGGGCAACCAAAUGCGACGUGCCGCGUGAUUUCCAAAAUGAGUUUGAUGCACUACCCACCAUCUCCGAGGAAGAGGAGCACGUCAGUCUCCGAGCCUAAAUUGUCUCACGGGUUUCGAACUGAUUGCAUUGUUUCCCAAAACGUUGGCGCCAGUUUGCGCCUGUCAUGCAGAAAAGAACUUAAGCUCUGACGGUUUGUGCACGCGUUUCAUGACAAGCCAAAGUGCGGUCAGGUCAUUGAAUGUACGGUCUGCACAUACUGCGAGCUGUCCAUCAAUCAAUUUAAGCAG